UACGCGUUCAGUUCACGUCCACACGCGGUUGAGUGGCACACUAGGAAACUUGUGCAAGAUUUCGUCUUGAUAAAAGGUCUUAUCAUUUGACUAUCAUAACUUUAUUUAGUUCCAAUCAAGGGAGCCCCGCGCGAGGUAGUGUAUGGCAGAGCAUACGGAAAGUGGUUAGUAUGCGCGAAGGAAAACAAGAGGCUGAAAUUAAACAUUAGUAGCUGAAUUCUCAAGCACAAACGGGAAGUGCCUUGUCUCAAGAUACAGACUGCAUUGGAUGAACAGAAUAAUAGAUUUUGCAGGGAGAGUCGACGCUGAAAUAGUUUAUGGUGCAUGGACUGUGUUAGAUACACACAGUAGUGAUAGAUUCGUUUCGGUUCAAUAUACAUGAGGAGACCGCUACGAUGGGCCAAUUUGAAAUCAACAAGAGCGACGACAACAACAACGAUGGGAGUUUUCACUGCAUACUGUGCUGCGCAAAGUACGAAACUCGACAGGCAUUUGCUCAACACAAAACUACGAAGGAUCAUCAAGUGAAGUGGCUGAAAUAUUGGUACCAAAAGCAUAAAAAACUGCUUGCUAUGAAUAAACAAGGCGUGGAACUUAACGUGGAAGAAAAUGGUACAGGUGUCAUAUUUGAUAAAGAAACCGGUACUGUGUCGGUCAACGUUACACCAGGAGUUCAAAGAACUGUCGAAGUUUACAUCAAGAACACCAGUGAAUUCAGUGUACUUCUGGCAAACACCAGCUUGCUUCACGAAUGUGAUGCAAUCUGCCUUGUAGACGAACAUGGGGUGACUAGAAAUGAAAGGUAUAUCAGGUUACUUCCAGGUGUAGAUUACAUAGUUGAGUGUCAAAUACAAUUGGAUGAUGUAGGAGUAGAGCAAGUUCCCAUUGCUUUUCACCUGCAUCAUGAGUAUAAUAAAAAGGAUUUCUUCAUCGUUAGGACACUGCAAGCAAAUGGAGUAGACCAAAUUGCCUUGGAAAGUAGUCCCACAUCACUGUACAAGAGAAAUACACCAACUUACAAUGUCAUUAGGGAUUUUGAAGGCUAUGUUCCCGGAAUUCCAGUUAUUGAUGACAGUAAUGAUGCUUUGCCAAAAUGUUUGCCAAUUUAUGACUACAAAUAUGAAGAAUCCUUGAAGAAAAUUGUGGAAAGCAAAUUUGUCCUGAAGAAAAUUCCUGUUCCUUUACGACAUGAAGCCAAGAAAAUCAAGGAUAUGCUUGCUUAUGGUUUACACGAAAAAAGUCAUCAGGACUGGUUCAAGGUGUUACUAUGGAUGGAAGAGAUGCAGAUGGAGAUUGACAUAACUUACUACAACAUGAAGGAUGCCAAACUGAAGGAAGUAUCGCCACAAGAAUAUUCAAAAGUUAGAUGUGUUGAAUUAAAGGUCCCUGGACUAGCAGAAAAACGUCCAUCUGUCUUGAGAGGUGACAAUGUAUACAUCACUGAUGACUCGGAGGCUCGAGGCUAUGUAGGCUGUGUUCACCAAGUAAAUGAAAAGUCCAUUUACAUCGCACUGUCAUCAGAGUUUAUGCAUGACUUCAUUGAUGGCAAGAAAGUAGACGUAGCGUUCUCCUUUUCCCGCCAUUGUCUGAAACUUUGCCAUCGCGCUUUGGAUCUUGCUGAGGAGUUUAAAAUGAUGCAUUUCAUCUUCCCAAAGCCUUCAAGAAUUCUGGUGAAUCCUGCUCAAGAUAUUCUGUUAUUUAACAGGAAACUUGAAGAAAAUAACGAGCAGUUAGAGGCUGUGCGUAACAUCAUCUCAGGAGCCUCAAAGCCAGCACCCUAUAUUGUGUUUGGGCCGCCAGGUACUGGGAAGACAGUCACAGUUGUGGAGGCAAUAAAGCAGAUUUAUAAACGUGAACCCAACAGCAGAAUUCUGGUAGCUGCCCCCUCAAAUGCUGCAUGUGACAAUAUAACAGGAAAGUUGUUAGAGCAUAUAUCCAGAAGGCAUGUGUUCCGGAUGCAUUCAAAAUCCAGAGAAAUCUCCUCCAUCCCUCUUGAUGUGAGAUGUGUGUCCAACAUUGUUGGAAAUGAAGUGUAUUUCCCUUCUGAUGUAAGGCUUUUGGAAUACCGAGUUGUCAUCUGUACACUCAUUACAGCCGGAAGAAUUGCAACAGCAGCUUUACCCCCAGGAAGCAUAUCAUAUGCAUUUCUGGAGGAGUGUGGACAAGCCAUGGAACCUGAGGCUUUAGUAGGUGUGUGUGGUGUAUUAGGUACAGAUGGCCAGCUGGUUCUCUCUGGGGAUCCUCAUCAGCUUGGCCCUGUCAUCAGAAACACACUUUGUUAUUCUGACGAAUUCCUGUUCAGGGGCAAAGGAUUGGACAAGUCAUACCUGGAAAGACUAAUGGAGUUAGAGAUGUACAAACCAGUCCCAGGGAACAGACGUUUUGUAACAAAACUACUGAAGAACUAUCGAUCACAUGAAGAGAUUCUCAGGCUGCCCAAUGAAUUGUUCUACCAGUCUGAACUCCAGGCCUGUGCAGAUCCAGUUUACGUGACAUCUUUAUGCAACUGGGAGUACUUGCCCAAAAGUGGCUUUCCUCUGAUUUUCCACGGUGUGAAGGGGAAAGAUGAGCGGCAGGGGAACUCUCCUAGUUUCUUCAAUGCCCAGGAAGUCUCUCAAGUGAUGGACUAUGUUCAGAAGCUCAUAAACACAAGACGCAAUAAAGUUUUGCCCAAGGAGAUUGGAAUCAUCACACCUUACAGACAGCAAGUGACAAAGAUCAGGAUGCAACUCCACAAAGUCAAAGAUGGCAGUGACAUCAAAGUUGGCUCGCCAGAAGAAUUUCAAGGUGAUGAACGCCGUGUUAUUAUCAUUUCAACUGUCCGGUCAAAUGCAGACAAAUUGGCCUUUGACCUGAGGCACCAGCUUGGAUUCCUUAGAAAUUGCAAGAGGUUCAAUGUCUCUGUGACAAGAGCAAAGGCCCUUCUCAUUGUUGUUGGCUGUCCAGAGAUCCUCAGCCUGGAUAUGCACUGGGGAAGACUGCUCAAUUUCAUAGUAGAAAAAGGAGGCUACUGUGGGAAGGAAUAUUUCCCUGAUGGCAAUAAACGCAUAGACCAGAGCAUCCUUGACAAAUUUAAAGGAGUUGGUCUUCCUCCAGAAAAUUGCAAAGACUAUAGUGCCCGGAUGAAAGCAGAAGAACCAACCUGGGGUGAAGAGUAGUGACUCCCUCCCUUGAUAUCAUCAUGUUCUUGGUUCUAUCACCCCUAUGCCUUUUGUAGCAUAUUCCACCAAGUUGUAAUGUGAUGUAAAGGAAGUUUGUAUGGUUGUAGGAACAUAUGAUUGUAAAAGUUUCAUAUAUCAUUAAUGAUGUGCUCAUUUAUACAUUGUAUGUUUUAUAUUGAUUAUAUGUUGCAUUGAUGUAUUUUUUCUUAUCAAAUCUAAUCUAAUCUAAUCUAUCUAAAACAUGAUACAUGAUGUGAAAAAUUAAUAAGCUUAACCAUUACAAAUAUUAGGUUAUGACAACUGAACUAUUAAUAUCCUUGUAGAUAAUGAGAAACAGAUCAUUGUGCCUUAAUUAAAUGUAAAGCAAUCUGUUACUGAUACAGUAACACAUCUAUUAUGUGUGUGUGUGUGUGUGUUUAUGUAUGUAUGUAUGUAUGUAUGUAUGUAUAUAUAUAAUAUAUAUAAUAUGUAUAUAUAUAUAUUAUUUAUAUAUAUAUUAUUUAUAUGUAUGUUUAUAGAUAUAUGUAUAUAUAUAUAUAUAUGUAUAUAAAUAUAUAUAUAUAUAUAUAUAUAUAUAUAUAUAUAUAUAUAUAUAUAUAUAUAUAUAUAUAUAUUAUACAAGCACACACUUACACACACACACACUUACACACACACACUUACGCACACCCACUUACGCAACCCACUUACGCACACACACUUACGCACACACACUUAUACACACACUUACACACACACAUACUUACACACACACGCACGCCUACUCACACGCACGCCUACACACGCGCACGCCAACACACACGCACACCCACACACACGCAUGCCCGCACACACACACACUUAUACACACACUUACACACACACACUCUUACACACACACACACUCUUACACACACACACGCCUACAUACACGCACACCUACACACACACGCACACCUACACACACGCAUGUCUACACUCACGCACGCCAACACACACACACGCCAACACACACGCUCGCCUGCACACAUGCAUGCCAGCACACACGCAUAUAUAUAUAUAUAUAUAUAUAUAUAUAUAUAUAUAUAUAUAUAUAUAUAUAUAUAUAUAUAUAUAUAUAUAUAUAUAUUUAUAUAUAUGUAUACAUGUAUAUAUAUAUAUAUCUGUAUAUAUGUAUAUAUAUUUAUAUUAAUAUUUAUAUGUAUGUAAAUGUAUAUAUUAUAUAUAUUUAUAUUAAUAUUUAUAUGUAUGUAAAUGUAUAUAUCAUAUAUAUUUAUGUUAAUAUUUAUAUUUAUGUAAAUCUCUAUCUCUCUUUGUGUGUGUGUAUACAUGGAAAUUUACAUUAGGUGACAAUUUUUUUUAAUACUUUUUUCAUGAAAAGUGAUUAGAUAUGAUUAGAUUGUUUUAUCACACACUUCUGUGGACCAAUAUACUCACUUUUGCUUUAGUUGUACCAUCAAUUUCAAUAGUUUAGUGCUUGAAGACAAGUACUGAUCAGACUUUAUGCAGAGUAUUGCUUGAAAAUAAGAAUAAAGUUUAUGAAAAAUGAGAGAUCUACUUAAAGCUGGUCAUCGAUUUUCACCUUUUAUUGUAAACCUCAUAAAAACUGGGUGUCAUAAUUUUGUUUAAAUACAUCCUUGAGAAAUAUUUUUUGGACCUGGAAAAGUCCUUGAAUUUCAGAUUCAAAUAGGGGAAAGGACCCUACAUAUAUAUAUUAUGUAUGUUUGUAUGUAUGUAUCCAUGUAUAUCAGAUAUAUACAUGUUUAUGCACUUUUAUACACACUUAAAAAUACCAGUCAGUAGUAUUCUUCUUUCACUGCAAGUGCCUCAUAACCUGUAUUGUAUAUGCAUAAUAAAACUGCUGACUGAA